AUGGUCAUGAAUCGAUGUAUGGAAUCUUUUCCAAAUACUACGAAACUGACUCUCAAAGAUGAUCUUUCGAAGAUGGCUCAUGACUCAAUUCCAGCGGCUGUUAAUCGUAUUUUACCUUUAGAACAACUACAAACUUCAGUAACGCAACUUCUUAAUCUUCGAAUCUUGAAUCUAAUCGAAAUCUUAUAUGUUAUGUUGCUCCCUCGUGUUCAACAUGUCUUGCAAAACAAUAUGGAGUCAGUCAGUUUUACAACUUCUCGGUCUCAAAAUGAAAAACGGUUCAAUUUAGUUUCAUAUUUAUGUUGCUGGUAAGUGUCUCUUAAUUUAAAAUAAAGACAUUCUAAAUCAACUCCGGAAGAAAUCUUACAUUGUCACUGUC